AUGCUUAGAAGUUUGUGCUCUGUUGCAAUUCGACUUGGCCAAAAAAGACAACCACGUUUUUUGUCAAGUACGGCAUCCGGCGGCGAUGACGACGGAAAAGGACCGAAAGCAAAGGAUAUUAUCGAUGACAACUUGCUCAAAGCCAUUGAUGGAGUAGCAAACGACAUUCAUCCACAAAGCAUUACAGAAAAGAAAUCAUUAAAACAUACGCUCAUAAAUCGACUUGUAGCAAAUGAAAAAGCCAGCUUUGACGCUGCUGCAGUUUCAGCCAAUAGCGAAAUGCUCGAUGAUCAGGCACUUAUUGGACUUCUUGCUGAUGUUGCUGGUGAUGCCAAAGUAGAGAAGAAAGUUCCUCCCAAGUCUGCCCAAUUGCGGCAAGAAAGGCGAGGUCUUGUUCUUCUACGAAAAGAGAUCUUUUAUCAAGCUAUUCAUAGUGGAUUUACAACAGAAGAAGCACGCGUCAAGUCGGAGACGAUCGUCAAUGAGGCGCAGAUAAAACUUGCAGAACAACGAAAAGCUCUUUUAAGUGACGUUCGAGAAAAGUUAGAGAAUGAUGAAACUGAACAGACAGAAAGAAGCGAGAAAGAACAUAAACUAUUCACAACGGCUCUCGAAUUCUUGGAAAAGAUUUAUAAAGACGAUAUGAUCAAUAGUGACGCACGUAAGAUAGUGAAUGUAGACAAAGAUGCCAUCAAAUUCUUUCAACAAAGACCUCUUGGGACCUGGAAAAAAUCGGAGAAGUAUGAGGACCAUUCGCUCGAAUUUUGGACUCGGUGGGAUCAAAGAGCUGCAACCAUUGCAAAUGGAUCUUUUGGUCCAACAAACUCUUUUGAAGAGCAAAUCGAUUGGACAACCAAAGGAAAACAAUGGGAAUAUCCAAUUGAUAACGAAUUCAAAAUGGGCGACGAAGCUGGAGUAUCUUUUAUUGAUCAUGUCUUCUUGGAACGACAUCUUCCGUCAUUAGGUAUUCCAAAAACCGGACCAAUUGCACAUUUUAUGCAUUUAGUGUGCGUUGGUUUAUCGAAGAAUCCAUACAUGACUGCAGCGAAAAAACGGGAACACUUGAAAUGGUUUGCUGAUUACUUUAAUACGGAAAAACAAAAACUGGUUCACAAGCUUCACGAACAGGAACAAGUUGCUGCUCAGAAUGCUCUUUAA